GUCACAUACAAAAAUACUAAACAUAUGACCUACAUUGUAGGAGUUAACGUAACUAAAUAAAGCAUUGAUUUUUUAAAAAUUGAAUUAAGUCUUUCCACCUAACAUUCGCCAGUGAAACGCAAGCAUGACUGAGGGUAUUUCGAAAAAUGGUGCUUUCAAAUUUGAAGACGGGAGCAGAUAUGUCGGAGACUGGAGUAGCAAAGGUUUGAGACACGGACUAGGUUCUUUGCUUUUUCCUGACGGUUCCCGUUACGAUGGAUGGUUUAUCAACGGCUUAUUCUCCAAAUUAGGAGUAUUUAUAUUUCCCGAUGGUGCAAAAUACGAAGGAGAAUUUGCUCAAGGAUGGUUCCAUGGCUAUGGAGUUUUUUGGCGAGCUGACGGUAUGAGAUUCGAAGGAGUAUUCCAUGGUGGAAAAAUUUGGGGAUUAGGUUUAAUAACUUAUGCAGACAACACUCAUGGAUUUCCACGGAACGAAGGAUUCUUCAAAGAUUGCAGAUUAGUUCGUAAAAAACGUUGUUCUGAAAUAGUCCACAAAGCCCAAAGAUGUGCAAUGCUAGCUCGAAAUCAAUGUGCCGAAAUUAAUCAUUAAAUAAUUGUAAUAUUUUUAUUCUUCAAUUUGACAAAUACUUACUCACUCAUAAAGUUUAUUUUAUGAUUGAAAAUUAUAUCAAAAUUGAAUCGUUAAAAAUAAAUUUUCAUAAAAAUGUUAAUUUAAUAGUUUAAAAAUUGUUU